UCCACGACUGUCUUUGGUAGGGACUUUACGUGGACUUUACGGGCCUGUCAGUGCUCAAAAUAAAAACACAUCGGUUUUUCAGGCGGCGGCGGCGACUAGAAUAGAAACUAAUAUAAAGUUAAAAACUUUUCUAUCUGCUAAGUUAGAAUUUUUGUAGAAAGCUGUCCAAUGGAAGAGUCACAGAGCACAUUCAUUCUGUACAGAGAUAGUGAAGAGAAGCUGGGUUACCCGGUGAGACUGGACGGGUUGGACGCUGGACUGCUACCGCUGCUGAGGAUGCAGAGAGCCGCGGGGGACCCGGCGCUGCCAGCGGGAGGGCCCCCGGAGCUGCAGCUGUACGAGGACCAGUAUCACCAGUACUGCAACUUCCAAGUUGUGGUCGACAAUAACCCACAGCCCAAAGCUUCACCAUCGGACACUCCCACGACAUUCUGCUACAUCUGCAACAUUCCUGUGCCGUCUGUGCACGUGGGCGAGCACGAACAGAGCGAGAUGCACGUUAACUAUCUCAGACUUGCGCAAAACGGUGUUGAGAGGAUCAGCAAGCAGAUGGCUCAAGAGAUCAGUCGGCUGUCAGCCCCGGAGCGACAGGAGCCCCCUACUGGCGACCGGGCCCGCUACUGCGCCGCGUGCAACCGCUGCGCCUGCGCCGCCGACAUCACGCACCGCAUCGCCGUCAAGAAGGACCGGAUGGUGGCCACGUUCUACAAACUGCUCACCGACAGCUUCGUCAUAGACUCCAAUGUAGUCAGCACCAUGAGGAGCGAAGUGAAUGGGGCGACAUGCAAGAGAUGUCAGAAGCAGGAGGAACGGCAGGCAGUUUACAAACAGUUGAACAAGGAGUUCGUGGAGAUGUUUAAAGAUGCCCUCCAGAUCGGGGAGGUGAAGGAGCCCAAGGUCCAGGAGAAGGAGCCCAAGGUCCAGGAGAAGGAGCCCACGGUCCAGGAAGAGGAGCCCACGGUCCAGGAGGAGGAGCCCACGGUCCAGGCAGUCGACUCGCUGGGUGACUCUGGUCAGCCGCAGUAUAUAGAGGUGUCGGUGGAGGGCGCGCGCGCGGCGGUGCCCCGGCUCGCCUGGCACGGCGUGAAAAGAGUCAACUCCACGUACUUAGACUGCUGUCUGUGCGACAAGAUAUGGGAGUCCACUAGCGGGGUGGAGGCGCACGUGGCGUCGCCGCGGCACGCCGGCGCGCUGCGCCAUGCCGUCGACCAACACGGGCUCAGGAAGCUGGAUCGCGGCGGGUCCCACUGCGUGGUGUGCGACGAGGUGGCGAUGGACGCGGGCCACGUCGCCGGCGCCGCCCACCGCGCCGCGCGAAAGCUGGCCCAGCACCGCGCCGCGCGACAGCGGGCCCAGCACUGCGCCGCGCCGCCCGCCGCCGCCUCUCCGGACCCACACCGCACCCACUCCCCCACUACUAAACCAUAUCAGCCGUACCAUUGCGAUGUGUGUAACGUUACAGUUACCAACAAUGUCAAGAAUGUGACCGAACACAACUCGGGGAGAACUCACAAAAACAAUAUGAACAAGAAUUGCGUUAGUUCAGCAACAGCCAGCUCGAGCAAAACACUGCCGGCUACGGCGCCUCCCGCGAACACAAACACAGCAAGAACUGAUGCGGAGGCACUGGCUAGGAUCACCGGCAAAUGCACCAUCUGUGACGUGGAGGCCGGCAUUAAGAACAUUGGCGACCAUCUUAAAGGAAAGCUGCAUAAGCAAAAAGUUGCCAAAAAUAAGGCGAAACAACUCCUUACUCAGAAGCAACAGUCGCCGCAGGGAGUCGCGCCGCGAGCUCCAGUUGCUAAUAAUGUGCCGAAACCGACGCCGAGCCGAGACGAAAAGGAAACAAGUGUAGCUGCGAAACAUCUGGUGUUCUGUACGAUAUGCAAGACGACGGUGCCGAAUAACUUGUACAAUCUGAAGACACACUUCAACGGCGCUCGCCACAGUGCUGCAGUGAAGACGUCGCUGCCGGCGGACCGGCGUGAGAGAAUGGAAGCCCUGGCGUCACAGGAGUUCAGCAAUGAUGUACAGUUGUCGCGGGCACUCGGCCGGGACGUGGAGGCGGCGUGCGGCGCCAGCUCCCACGUCGGCUGCGCGCUGUGCGACGCGCUCCAGCCCCGCGACCGCUUCCACCACCAUCUCGCCACGAAACACCACUUCGACAAGUUGUCGGAGGAGGCGUUCUACUGCCGGCUGUGCCGCGCGGCGACGCACUUCCCCUUCGCGCACGCCGCCGGACCCGAGCACGCCGCCGCCGCCGCCGCCGCCGCCGCGCCGCAGUAGCCCAGCCGGGGUACCCCAGGUAUAAGACACCCCGCCAGCCAGCCGCCACCACACAGUGACAACAACCUAAAACAAAUACUUGGUAAAAUUUAGCAUGAGCCCUAUGACAGCAGCUCUCAAAUGAGUACAUUUUAGCUGUCAUUUGUUCGUUUUCAAGUGAAAACCAUUUUCAUUUAAGGAUCACUGUUCAUCAAACGUCAUAGGACUCGUGCCAUAUUUUACAAAGCAUAGGUAUACCGUAACAUUCACGUAACUUUACCAAUAAAAGCCAAACAGGAUUGUUAUUGCAAAUCUUAAGACGAGGACUAAGGACUUUUUCACUCCACGCUACGGUAUAUUCAUUCAUGUAUAUGCUGUUGGCGCAUCUUUUGUAACCGAAAAGCCGAUCUCAGCUUUUGGUAAAUAGAAAAAUCAGAGGUAAAUUAGUCAAGUUCCGUGAAUGGAACAUAAAAACGAAUCAGAUUCUUUGAAGAUAUAUUUGUUUUUUUUUUGUAGGAUUAAGAAAAAAAAGUUACAUAUUUUAUAAGGGACAUACCAGAUACAUUUUAAAAUACAACUCAUGUUUGUUAAGUAAGAUUUAAUUUUAUAUUCUCGUUACCUUGCACUAGGUCAAAUAAUACUAUUGAAUACAAUACAACUGUAUAGGUUUUUACAGUCUAUCUAUAAAGUCGAUUAAUUGCCUUUAUUUGAGCACUUUAUAGAUGGGCUGUACUUACAGUAACUUACUAGAGUACUAACUUUAUCCAUGUUAUUUUUAAGUUUAAACGGAUACACGAUAUAUUGUGAUUGUGAUAUAGUGCCUACCCAGGUAGUAUUUACGUAUUACUUAUUGAUUUUUAGCUAUUUUAUACGAAUGAUAUAUGCUAGUAAAAGUCGGCUACUAGGGUUUUUUAUCACAGUUUUUAUAACUUUACAUUUGAGUAUCCAGUCGUGCGUAAUAUCUACAUGUUCAAGCAGUCAGUGGGACUGUAUACUUGUAUAGGAUGUUUGCAAUGACAAUGAUGUUGUGACGCACGUCAUAUUUAUAUUUUGUUGGUAUUUCAGUCUUCCUAUAGUUCUAGGAUUUAGGGGAAUCGUAUCAGCGAAAUGAAAGGAGACAUGAGGAAGGGACAUUUUAAGGACAUUCUGAAAAAAGGGGAGAAAGGGAUAUUAUAGACCUGAAGGGAAGUGAGGUGCCCCUUACUUAUUUUUCGCUACCGCUAGGUCGAAGUAGCGGUUCGCUAUGUCGAAAAAGAGAGCCGCUGUACCUUUCGGCCUCUUCCUAAGGAAACCAUCUAGAAUGUAUUCGGUGAUGCGAUGCACCUGGUUGACGCAAGAGUGGCGAGCCCUGAAACCAAAUUGUUCAUUGAGAAUGAGGCCCUGAGCGUAUGCUAUCUUUUUGAGCCUGUCGGAUAGCAGCCGCUCGUAGACCUUACCUAGGGAAAUUAAGAGACUCAUGGGCCGUUAACUAGAAGGUAAAUUUCUAGCUUUGCCAGUUUUAUGUAUUCCUAUGUCUAUUAUGUUCGCCAUAGCUGAGUUAAAUAUGGUUACUAGUAAGAGGAUAAGCGAUGCUGAGAGAUUCUUUUCUCGUAAUUGUACGCGAAUACGAGAAGUUUCUUGGUCUUAUCGCGCAGAUCUAUGUACAGGGAUUUGGUAAGAUAACAUUUGCCCUCGAUUCUGUUCACACUUUUCGUAGCCAUGUCUUUUCACGAAUCUCCUUAGUUCAACUGAGUUGUUAACCGCUCCUACUCGAGUGCACACGAAUUUUUAACCGGCCAAUCAGUGCAUCGCACGGGUGGGAAAGAGAAAGGGAGUGUGUGUGCGAGGGGGACGGGCACUUCGCCGUCCGUAACACUUGUGGAGAAGGCCAGAUGGUCCAGGGCUGCGUCCCACAGCAGUCCCAGAAUCCUUGAGUCGCCGCUACUGCCAACGGGCAGCGUAGCCGGCUGGCGUGCGUGGAGCUCCUGAGGCACAUGUUUCAGCACUUCGGGGCUGUUACUGUACUGUUUGACUGAUUUCUUCAAUCGUUUGUGCUUCACUGCAGCUCACUGGAGGCUUGAGCCAAUGACCUUCACGUGCCCCCAACAGUCAACUUGAACCGACGCACCGUACACGCAGAUUGCCCGCAGUCGUGUUGUUGAGCUUCACUGGCCCCCCUGGUGUCUUAGAAGGUCGUAGCUCGGCGAAGGCUGACCCUAUGGUCUGCACAGCCUACGACAGUCGUCCUGUGACCUCCAGGUGCCGUACUCGGUGACCCACUUCGUUCGGGAAACGAGUAGAUAAAAUCGGCCACCCACGCUUAGGCUUUCUUCAAUUGCAGGUUCCUUUUUCAACAGGAUCCGGAGAUUUUAAGAAUGCUAAUGUUUUCAUUACGUAAUACAUUUAGGUACUAUUUAAUACAGUAAUCAGUCUUAUUUACCGCUUUUAUGGGUAUUUUCAAUACAAAUUUCAACAAAUAACUUUCUUAUGUACCUAACCUUAUGUAUCUAACGAAACUAAGUAUCAGUCUUUGUGUAGGGUGGCGUCAUCUGCUACGUUCAUAUCUGUCUGUCUGUGAUUGGAUAUAGCGCGGGGCUGUAGUCUGCGCGAUAAACAGAAGGGAACUAAUAAAAUCCAUAUUUUUUGGUACUGGAAUAAUGGACGUAGUGUUGGUGGUAGUUGAAGAGGAUCGCUUAGGGAAUCCUAUCUGUCAGCAGUGUUCAAAUGAAACAAGUAUACGGUUUUUGAUGUUGCUGCCCCCGCAAUGUUUUUAUGCAGUAAAAUUACUACUAACUAUAGUUUCUACUAAGUACCUACUUAAUUAGGUUAAAAUAUACAUGAAAAAUAAACUUGACAAAACACUUGCCCCUUAUAGAAUUAACAUAAAAUAUAGUAAACUUCUUUAUCAUGUACUGAACUUAUUAUCUAUUGUUGCUGUCUUGCGCUCGCAGCUCGCAUUAUCUAUUAUAAUCUUACAAUCUAACUUUAUUGAGUCUACAAUUAAACGACUUGUAUUAACUAUUGAAAUCCCCCACAAGAAUAAUGUUUUUCCUUCUUAUCUAAAAGUGACUUAAUGUCAGUGGUGUGAUGGUCGCCCAGAUACACAUGCCGUAGGAUUGGCAGUUGUGGCACUGCGUGGGACUCGAUCUUGUAGGGCUUCUCAAUCCUGAGCCCAGAGAUUUGGCAUAUGGCCGUUAUGUUGAAAAUCUUUUUCCCCUCAGGGGAAAGGUCAAGAAUGACGAGGAUCAUGUCGUAAAUGACCCGCUUGCCUCGCCCGUACAUGCGGUGAACCUCAUGCACCGGCAGAGACUGCGCCUUCAGAUCCGACAUGAUCUCCGCAGAGUCGAGUUCCUUGGGAACUCCCCGGAUCACUACCCUUAGGCGGCGGUCCUCUGGGAGCUCCCAGUGGUAGUACUCGACCUUGCGCUCGUCGAGAAGUCUGGUGAGAAGGCGAUGAUCGCUAGAGGUGGGCACCUGGACCAAAAUACCAUAUCUGGUAUUUUUAACCUUGGUGAACCCUGGUUUCUGACAGCUUUCGCUGCCAGAUGAGGGAGCUUGGACUUCGCGUUCCGCUUGGCUCCAAAUCAUCCAAGAAAUGAGCAUUUUAUUGGUCUUGGUUUCUCCUAGUAGCGGCAAAUGGGCUGAGGCUAUUCCUUGCCGCUCAGACCCUCUUCGGUCAAAACUGGCUUUUUUCCUGACAAUUUCACACUGG